AUGUUGGACAUCAACGACUUUAUCGCCGAGCGCGGCGGCGACGUGANNAAAAAGAUCAAGGAGAGUCAGCGUAGACGCCACGCUCCCGAAGAGGUCGUCGACGAGGUCAUUCAUAUGUUCGAGGACCACAGAAAAUGUGGGUUGUCUCGUGUCACUGCGUGUCCAGUGAGUGCUGCUGACACCGUCUCUCUGUACAGCCNNCAAUAUGCCGCCAACCAGAUCAAGACCGAGAUCAACGCACUGCAGAAAGAGAUUGGACAGAUCAAGAAGGCCAAGGGCAACGCCGACGAUUUGCUCAAGAAAAAGGACGAGCUGCAGGUCCGUCACAAGCAGCAGGAGGAGACGACCAAGGACAUGCACGCUGCUCUGCUCAAGAAGGCAAAGUCGAUUGGCAACUACGUCCACGACUCUGUGCCCAUCAGCGACAACGAGGACAACAACCAAUUGAUCCGUGACUGGACCCCUGAGGGCGUCGAGGUCGCCAAGAAGGACUGCCUGUCCCACCACGAGGUGCUCACCCGUCUGGACGGCUACGAUCCCGAGCGCGGUGUCAAGGUCGCUGGCCACAGAGGCUACUGCUUGACUGGCUACGGUCUCUUCCUCAACCUCGCCCUGAUCAACUAUGGUCUCGAGUUUCUGUUCAACAAGGGCUACAAGCCCAACAUGCCUCCUUUCUUCAUGAACCGCGAAGCUAUGGCAAAGACUGCCCAGCUCGAGCAGUUCGACGAGGAAUUGUACAAGGUCACCGAGGAUGGCUCCAAGGAUACCGACAAGUACCUGAUCGCAACCUCCGAGCAGCCCCUGUCCGCUCUCCACGAGGCCGAGUGGCUACAAGACAAGGACCUGCCCAUCAAGUACGCUGGUUACAGCACCUGCUUCAGAAAAGAGGCCGGUUCUCACGGCAAGGAUGCCUGGGGCAUCUUCCGUGUCCACCAGUUCGAGAAGGUAAUCGGANUCGAGCAGUUCAUUUUCUGCAAGCCCGAAGAAUCAUGGGAGCACUUCGACCGCAUGAUCGACACCUCCGAAGAGUUCUACAAGUCCCUCGGCCUUCCCUACCGCGUCGUCGCCAUUGUUUCUGGUGCUCUCAACAACGCCGCCUCGAAGAAGUAUGAUCUCGAGGCUUGGUUCNCCUUCCAGGGCGAGUACAAGGAGCUUGUUUCAUGCUCCAACUGUCUCGAUUACCAGACCCGCGAGCUCGAGAUUCGUUAUGGCCAGAAGAAGCAGACCGACUCGAGCUACCAAAAGUCUUAUGUCCACGCCCUCAACUCUACCCUCUGUGCUACCGAGAGAGCUUUGUGCUGUGUCCUUGAGAACUACCAGACCGAGGAUGGCAUCAACGUUCCCAAGGUCUUGCAGAAGUAUAUUCCUGGCCAGCCCGAGUUCCUUCCCUUCACCAAGGAGCUUCCCAAGGACUCUACCAGCUUGAAGGCCAAGGGUGAGGCAAAGACUAAGGGAGGUGCUGCUCCUAAGCUUCCUGCUACCGGAGAACUGGCCGACCGCACCAAGAAAUAA